AUGCAACAGCCCAUAAUAUUCGUGACCGGUACCGAUACAGACGUGGGUAAAACGUUCGUUUCCACCCUCUUAGUUUACAAGUGGCAAGCCAACUAUUGGAAGCCCGUUCAAACCGGAAUUGAGUCCGAUGAUGGCGAUAGCGUGACAGUUUCGAAGGCCGAAUGUGGUUUACCAUGGAAGCCCGAAAUAUAUUCACCAAGAUAUGAACUUCUUAAGCCACUAUCGCCUUACAAGGCUAUGGACUAUGAGCCAGAGGUUGACAUCCGUCUGUCUGAUUUUGAGAUCCCAAAAGGGUCCGACUCGUCGCCAUUGAUAGUAGAAGGAGCCGGAGGUGUUUUCGUCCCUCUUACUAGAAACCUGGAAACGAUGACAGACUUGAUGAGAAAAUUGGCAGAAAAGCAAGAUCGGCCUUUCAAAAUUAUUGUGGUUACCAGAAGCGGGCUGGGCACUCUGAAUCACACUCUUCUGACAAUCAGCCACUUACAAAACGCAGGCCUCCGCGAGCAUAUCAUGGGAGUCAUAGUUAAUGGCGAAAGGAACCCAGACAAUGUCCAAGUGUUCAAAGAUUACGGGCUGAAAAUUUUGGCGGAAGUAGACAAAUCAGAAUCGGCUGCCGCCGCUACUAAGUUUAUUCCUCCCUUAUGUCAAUUUCUGAAAUAA